GGGCAAGCCGGCCCCUCGCUACCGCGUCGGUGGCCGGGACGGGCUCGCAGCCAGGGACUUGGCCGGCGGAGCCCCGCGCUGGACCGGAGCGGGGGGCGGGGCGGAGGGCCACGCCCCCUCGCUCAGCUUCCUGAGUUUGGCCUCCCUUUUGACUCGGUGUCUGUCCCACCGUUAACUGUGUUUUUGUUUGUUCGUUUUUUCGCAAAUUUUUGCCUACCUCGAUUCUAACGCCAUUCCCACCCCGCCCGACAAAACCCACGAAGGGACGAGAUUUUCACCUUAGAAUAGAGUUGCCUGAAGAUUUACAAAUGAAGAAUGCAAGAUUAUUAUGUAGUUGGCAACUGAAAACAAUACUUAAUGGAUACCAUCAAAUAGUACAACAGAGAAUGCAGCACUCUCCUGAUCUAAUGAGCUUUCUGAUGGAGUUGAAGAUGGUUUUGGAAGUUGCUUUAAAGAAGAAACAGGAGUUGUGUCCACCACCUCCUCCUCCCCAGUUCUACUCAAGCCUUAUUGAAGAGAUAGGAAUUCUUGGUUGGGACAAACUUGUAUUUGUGGAUACCUGUCUCAGUACCAUCAAGUUAAAAGCUGAAGAUGCUUCUGGUAGAAAGCAUUUAAUUACUCUCAAGUUGAAGGCAAAGUACCCUGCAGAAUCACCAGAUUGUUUUGUGGAUUUUCCUGUUCCAUUUUCUGUUUCUUGGACACCACAGAGCUCUUUAAUAAGCAUUUACGGUCAGUUUUUGGCAGCCUUAGAAUCACUGAAAGCAUUCUGGGAUGUUAUGGAUGAAAUCGACGAGAAGACUUGGGUACUGGAGCCAGAAAAACCUACAAGGAGUGCAACAGCACGCAGGAUUGCACUGGGGAAUAAUGCUUCAAUACAUAUAGAGGUUGACCCCAAGCAUGCUACUAUGCUUCCUGAGUGCUGCUUUCUUGGAGCUGACCAUGUGGUAAAACCUCUUGGAAUUAAGCUGAGCAGGAACAUACAUUUGUGGGAUCCAGAAAAUAGUCUGUUACAAAAUUUGAAAGAUGUUUUAGAAAUAGAUUUUCCAGCUCGCACUAACCUGGAAAAAUCUGAUUUUUCUAUGGAUUGUGGCAUUUGUUAUUCAUAUCAACUUGAUGGUGCCAUUCCUGAUCAAGUGUGUGAUAAUCCCCAAUGUGCACAGCCUUUCCAUCAAAUAUGCUUAUAUGAGUGGUUGAGAGGACUGUUGACUAGUAGACAGAGUUUUAACAUCAUAUUUGGUGAAUGCCCAUAUUGUAGUAAGCCAAUUACCUUGAAAAUGUCUGGGAGGAAAUCCUAAAAUAAGAAUGUAACAUUUCUGUGAAGAACUGGCAACCUUAAGAAUUAUCAAAAGGAUUUUAUUUGAUAUCUUCAGAGAAAGUAUAAAGUAAGACCUACUAAAAUCAAAAGAAAAAGAACAAUAAAGCCGUAAUAAUACACGUCGGUAACUGUCUCUUCACUGAGAGUAGAGUCUCUGACCUCCAUUCCGGUUGGAGAAGUAUAUGUAUACCAAGAUGAAGAUCUUGAAUUGUCGAGUAUAUACGGACUGAUAAAAUCUUGAUAUGGUUUGUAAAGUGAAUUUGGGAACUGUAUAGAGCUGGGUUUUUGUGGAGAACGGUUUCUUUCAUUCAGAAUUUGAGACUCACAGUACUUUUGUCUUCUCUUUGUGCUUUCCUAUGGAAAAGUAUAUAUAUUGUGUUAGGUUUGAGUUAUCCUUAUACUGUGUACUCUAAGAGUUCUAAAUAAAACAUGUUACACAAAACGAACAAA